CAUUGAUUUGACGAAAACUGGAUUUAGAUUUUAAGAGUUAUAUCCAAUAGAUUUAGUUGUUUUCAGUCGUCGUUUAGUUUUACAUCACAUAUUAAUUUGCAACAAAAAAAGACAUGAGAUUAACAAUGACACCAAUGAAUGGGAGGAAUCGGUUGGUGAUGAAGACAUUGCUAUUUGUGGCCAUCUAUAUCGGUCUCAUCACUGGAUCCGAUAUGGCCUUCUGGAAGGCAUUGAUGUUUGUCUUCAUAUUAUACCUCAUCACUGGUGGCCAUCGAUUUGCAUAUAUUUUCUAUAUGACUGUUGGACGUGAUUUAAAGAGUUUAUUAAGAUUCAAGAAAACACAAUUAUAUUUAUAUAUAUUGAAGAGACAAAAUGCAACGGUUCCCAAAUUGUUUGCCAAAUUAUGCCAAACCCAUGCUAGUCGAGUACUCUUCUAUUUCGAAGAUCAAAAAUGGACAUUCGGUCAAAUCGACGAACUAUCCAAUCGGGUGGCCAAUCUGUUUCUCGAAUACGGCUACCAUCCAGGCCAAGAAGUGGCCCUAUUUAUGGACAAUCGGCCCGAGUAUGUGGCCAUUUGGUUAGGAUUGGCCAAAGCUGGUAUUGUUACCGCAUUGAUCAAUACAAAUCAACGACUGCACCAAUUAGUACAUUCAAUUACUGUUGUCAAUUGCAAGGCUAUUAUAUUUGGCUCUGAAUUAACUGAUGCGGUGCGGGAAGUGAUGCCAUCACUUAAUUCUAACUGUUCGAUGCAAUACUUUUGUUACGGAGAUAUCGAUACAACUAAUAACAUAACAAAUGCAAAAUCUCUUAAACAACUUAUAUCAGAAAGCAGUUGUGAAACUCCCCGCACACUAAAUAUGGGAAAAUUUUGCGAUCGACUUUUUUAUAUAUACACUUCGGGCACAACAGGCUUACCGAAAGCCGCCAUCAUUAAGCACAGCCGAUACCUAUGGAUGGGAUCGGCGAUGAAAAAUAUGAUAAAACUACGCAACGAUGAAGUUAUCUAUACUAGUCUUCCGCUGUACCACUUGGCCGGUGGUACGUGCGGUACGUGUCAGUGCCUUAUCUUUGGCAAUUCAAUGGCCAUCAGAAGCAAAUUUUCGGCCUCAAACUUCUGGAAGGAUUGUAUUAAAUAUAAUUGCACCGCCGCACAAUAUAUCGGAGAAAUAUGUAGAUAUCUAUUGGCACAGAAACCACAGCCAUAUGAUAAUCAGCAUAACUUGAGAAUAAUGUUUGGAAAUGGGCUCAGACCUAAAAUUUGGAGGGAAUUCACUCAACGAUUCAAUAUUAAAGAGGUCGGAGAAAUGUAUGGUUCAACAGAAGGCAAUGCAAAUAUGAUCAAUGUGGACAAUAAGGAGGGUUCGUGUGGUUUCAUCUCACAAAUCGCUGCAUUCCUAUAUCCGGCAUCACUGGUCAGAAUCAAAGAAUCUACGGGUGAAUACAUACGCGACGAAAAUGGUGUCUGCGUUCACACAAAAGCCUACGAAACCGGCGAAUUUGUCGGUAAAAUAAUCGAUUCCGAUCCGAGCCGAUCGUUCGAUGGCUACGCUAACAAAGAGGCGACCAAAAAGAAGAUCAUCACAGAUGUGUUCAGUAAAGGCGACCGAGCAUUUGCUUCGGGAGAUCUGUUAACAAUGGAUGAGUUUGGUUAUCUGUAUUUCAAAGAUCGAACCGGCGAUACGUUCAGAUGGAAAGGCGAGAAUGUGUCGACAAUGGAAAUCGAGACUAUUAUCAGCAAAUUUAUCCAAUUAGUCGACUGUGUUGUCUACGGUGUAGAGGUUCCCGGCUGUGAAGGCAAGGCUGGAAUGGCUGCCAUUCUCGACCAAAACAAUGGCUUAGAUCUAAAUCGAUUGCUUCAGAAUCUGAAGAAAGUUUUGCCCUCUUUUUCCAUACCUGUAUUCAUACGUAUUUGCAAAUGCCUUGAAAUGACGGGAACUCAUAAACUGCCCAAAAAUAGUCUACAAAACGAAGGCUACGAUCCAAACCUAAUUCAAGAGCCGAUAUAUUUUUUUGACGCAAAAAAAGACAAAUACUUGCGAUUAGACGACAAACUCUAUAGAGAUAUACAAAAUAGUUUAGUUAGGUUUUAGUGAAAUAAAUUUCUUGUCAACAAAUAUAUAGAUAUAU